GCCAUGGGCUCUGUGUCUUGUAGGGACCUUCCAGCUUGGACUAUUUUGUCAUGGAGGAUGUUUUCACCAACACCGCUAUUUUACAAGGGCUCAAAGAGAUCUCAGUUUUUUGCCCUCAAAAUUACAAAGAUGUUGAAAAAAAGACUACAUGUAAAGCAUUUUAAAUAAAGGGAAUUUUGUUUAUAGCUAAGGUAAGUUGAUAUGUUGUUAAGUGGCAUGGAACGUAUCAAUGAGUUCCUUAAGGAUAUGGAAAUCUCAUGAAAUUUAUAUAAUUAGCUCAAUGGUACUAUUAUGUAACCUUGUCCCUUGUGAUAUUAAUUAGGUCAAUGGUACUAUUAUGUAACCUUGUGAUAUUAAUUAGGUCAAUGGUACUAUUAUGUAACCUUGUGAUAUUAAUUAGGUCACAUUUAACUUAUAAGGAAAUGGCCUUUUUUUUUACCUGUUCAUUUCCUUUAUUUUUUUUCAAAACGUGUUUAUUUCAUUUGAACUUAAACGUAAAUUUGUAAACUGUCUGAAUAAAACUAGCGACUGUAAGCUCCUAUGAUUAAUGCAAAACUUUUCACUUUUAAUCGGAUGUGUACAGCUACAGAGAUCAGAAAUUGAAAGAAUUCAUGGCUCUUUUUUUUUUUAUUAUGCUCUUUUUUUUUUUUAAAUUUUAGAAGAUCAACACCAUGAAAGUUUUGCAGAAGUUGGUCAAAAGAGCGACUGUGGCACUAGCCGUCGUACUUGCAUCGGCGGGCCUGAUUAUUUUCUUUUCGGGAACAAAAAGCAUUUCGAAAUGCAAAACUUUUCACUUUUAAUCGGAUGUGUACAGCUACAGAGAUCAGAAAUUGAAAGAAUUCAUGGCUCUUUUUUUUUUUAUUAUGCUCUUUUUUUUUUUUAAAUUCUAGAAGAUCAACACCAUGAAAGUUUUGCAGAAGUUGGUCAAAAGAGCGACUGUGGCACUAGCCGUCGUACUUGCAUCGGCGGGCCUGAUUAUCUUCUUUUCGGGAACAAAAAGCAUUUCGACACAUGAACAGCAUUUGGGUGAGCGAGGGGCCUCGGCGUGUGUUUCAGUUCUUGUAGUGCUGUAACUGAUUCAUGCAGGGUGCAAUGCCAGGACACGUUUGAUUGAUUUCGUGAAACCUCAGAACCUUAAAUAAGAGGCCGACCGUAAUUUCGGUUUCGGCGCUAAAAGUUGCCAUUUCAUCACUUUAGGCGAAGUUUCGGUUUCGGCCAAAACAGAAAAGUUAACUUUUGGUUUAUUUUCGGUUUCGGUCGAAAGUGACUGAGGCUUUUUGGCCAUCUGGCCGAAAAUGAUUGAGGCUUUCGGUUGUCUACCGUAAGUGAGACUGUCAUUAUGUCUGUCGGCCUGCAAUCAUCAUUGCUCGACGUCUUGCUGUCAUCUGGCUGUCAUCGUAUGACAAAUGACUAAUCAUCUGCGAACAUUGCUCACGGCUACAUGAUAAACUGCUUGUCCAAUAUUUCAAAAAAUAAAAUUACAUUUAGGCUUAGGCAAUGGUAAAUAGUUUGGGUUUAUCUUAACUUAGGGAAUGUAAAUUUUUUAUUUUUAGUUGGUUCGUAUUCUCCAUCCAUAUUCAUCCUUUGUUAGUCCAUAUACUUUCAGGAGAACUUGUGUUUAGUAGGUUUUCUGUCGUUUUUGUUAGGGUCCAAGUUUCACUUGCGUAUGUUACAACUGGUCUGAUUAAAGUUUUGUUAAUAGUUUUCUUUGUUUUUUUCUUUUAAUGCUUUUAAUUUUGAGUAUUUUCUGACUACUGAAGUAUGCCCUGUUUCCGGUCGAUAUUCUUUCUUUUAUUUCUGUUAGUAAUUCAUUUCUUCCAUUUAAUAAAGAUCCUAGGUAUUUGAGUAGAUUUACUUUUUCAAAACCCUGGUUUCUAAUGUUAAUGGUUUCAUAUGUCUGUUCUUCUCUUAUCAUAGUCGUGUAUUUUUUUUUUUUUUUGGUUGUUAACUUCCAGUCCUGUUUGAAGUGAUGCGUUUUCUAAUUCAAUAAAGGCUUUUGAUAUAUCUUUACUACUUUUUCCCAACAGUGCUAUAUCAUCAGCAUAUGCAAGAUACUGAAGGGGUUGAUUGUAGUGAGUGCCUAUUGGUUGUGGGUCUUGGGUCUUCCACAUAAAGUAUCCUGUUAUUGUUACUCGGGUGUCAACGAUAUUAUUUUAUGACAUACGGAGUGUUAAUUUCCAAAUUAUUGGUUGUUGACUUUUUCAAUUUAAAACAAAAAUUAAUUAAAACAUAACGUUUGAAAACUAGAGACGAAAGGUUUGAACUGAACUAUUUCUUUCUCCCCCAACCACCCCAGCUCUAGAUGCUAGCUCCAACAGAUCGAGGGUGACGAAAUUGUACUUUGUACAAGGCACAUCGAGCAGCGAGUUCCUGAGGAGGAGACACAAAGUCCGAGAUGCCUGUCUCCCAGGGAAUCAUCUGCAAGACCUACCGAGUGAUGUCCAGCAUGUGCUGACCCAUGGCGAUUCGGGUGUGAUUUACUGUAUCGUCCCUAAAGCUGGUUGUACUUUCUGGAAGAGAGUUUUUUCUUUUCUAAAUGAUAAGGUAAAUACAAUAAUUUUCCCAUUUCUUAUAAUGACAAUGACUGGGAUUUUGUACGGAAAAUAAGCUGGUUUCCUUUUAUAAAACUAAACAUCGAGCGUGCGUUGCUCAAGUAGCCGUCAACAGCAAAGAAAAGAGGGACAGAAAGAUAAACUUAGCAGAUGGAAGGCAUUAUAAACAACGAAGUUUUCAUUGAGUCAAUGUCAUACCACCUGGGGGAUUCCAUCUCCUGAUAUUGGGGUAGACUCCUUUCGUUUAAAAAUAAGUUUCCUCAUCCAAUGUUAAUGAGCCCCAUCUGCUUGUUUUAGUUCCAGCUCUGCUUUGAACUCCAGGCAAUCAGGUAUUUUUUUCUUUAUACUGAUAAGGUAGAGAAAAAGUUAUAGAACAUUCUUAAAAACAAGAUGCAUUUUUUAAAGGAAGGUUUUUUUGUGUUGUUUUUUUAACAUUUUUUUUUACUUAUUUAUUUAUUAUAUUAUAUUUUUUAAAAGGAUUAUGAAGUUAGAGACAAUUAUUUAUUUUUUUAAAAUUUGCAUGCAACUAAUGUCUUUGCAUCUUCAAAUUUCUGGCAAAUAUUUAAAAAAAAUAUAUUAUGCUGUCAGUGAAUGUAAAAAAAAAAAAAAAAAUGAAUGAUAAUAAAACCUGUGUGAUCACAUUAGACUGGAAAGGGAAAUAACUUCAUAUCUGUUAUAUAUAUUGUGAAUUAUUUAUUUUUUUAAAAUUUUCAUGCAACUAAUGUCUUUGCAUCUUCAAAUUUCUGGCAAAUAUUUAAAAAAAAUAUAUUAUGCUGUCAGUGAAUGUAAAAAAAAAAAAAAAAAAUGAAUGAUAAUAAAACCUGUGUGAUCACAUUAGACUGGAAAGGGAAAUAACUUCAUAUCUGUUAUAUAUAUUGUGCUUCUGGUACAUACUGCUUGCUCUUCAAAAUCGCUCCCCUCCCCAUGCCACAUGUUUUAUUGUAAUAGUACUGAGUGAAAUAAAAAAAAGGCUGUCACACAGCGAGCUUCUUGCGCACGGAAGGUCUGAACAGGAACGGACCCGACUGUUGAUGGCGCCCCGGGCAAGCUUAACUUGGGCGCCCCUUUUAAGUAUUAUCUUACAGAUUUUUGCAAGGAAUAAACUAGGGGUUUGAGUAAUGAGUUUAUUUACCCAGGUUGUUUUUUUUAACAAAGAAUGAACAAACAUUUUUUUUUCUUAACUGGUAUUUGGAGAGUAUGAACAGGUAGCCUAACCUGGUAUUUGGAGAGUAUGAACAGGUAGCCUAACCUGGUAUAUUGAGAGUAUGAACAGGUAGCCUAACCUGGUAUUUGGAGAGUAUGAACAGGUAGCCUAACCUGGUAUUUGGAGAGUAUGAACAGGUAGCCUAACGAUGCCAUUUUUUCUAGCCUUCAGAUCAGCAAAGCUUUUUAUUGCCUUUUCUAUAUUUAUAUUAUUUGCAAUAUCAUUUUCUAUAGACAAAAGUGUCAGAAGAAGUCAUACUGUCUUGAGACAUGAAUGAUUGUAAAUAGGUUUUUAAAUCCUUUAUAUUAACUUCGCUUUUGUUCGUCGCUGGUUCGCUGGGUGGCGGACUGGCAAAAUCUUCGGACGGCGAAUUGACCCACUUCCCACCAAUCCAUCGAGCUGAAACUUGGCAUAUUGACUUAUUGCCGAUGAAAUACAUUCUUUCGAAAUUUGAGCCCGACCCCCCCAAACAGGAACCGAGUAGUUUCUCAAAAUACACUAAAGAGGUGUAUACAAAAACAACAACUAUACCCGUUUAAGGCCCUAGUGUUCUUCAUUUCCUUUCUGAUUUCACAACCUUUAUAUUUACAAUUACUAAAGUAACGUUAUAAAAAUAAUAAAACGUCUUAUAUAGCGCGGUACCCCAGCCUAGGGCUGGGCUCACCGCGCUGUACAUAAAAUUUUUUAUCAAAAAGAGACAUAAUCAUGACAUUAAAUAAAAUACAUUUAUGAAAUAAAGAACAGCAAUGGAUAUUCACCCACCCCACCACAUAACUUUUACAAGGCAAACCAUGGACGACAGCCAGCAAGAUCAUUUAUCGGUCAGAGGAGGGGAAUCAGUCAGGGUAGUAUAAUUUAAAAAGAUACGUUUUGAGUGCAGUUUUGAAGGCCUGGGUGGUUGGUAUAUUGCGUAUGUGUAGUGGCAAAGAAUUCCAUUGUUUGGGGGCGCAGAAAGAGAAAGAAAUAUAAACAUUGAACUAAAACAUACAUUGUAAGUUGUUAUUUACCACCGACUCUGUCUUUGUAUAUUUUAAGUGAAAUAUUAUGGAUUCCAUUUUUUCUUCAAUUCAGAGUAUUUUAACUUCUUAAAUAUUUGCGCUAUUUUGCUUUGAAACGUGUCAACCGGUAUGAAAUAAUUAAGCUAAUUAAUCCUUGAAAAAUCAUGCAUAAAACUGCCGUGCACUGCACACCUAGUUAGACUUGAAGAAGCACUUUUAUUUACAUUUCAUUGCACACAAACAUAUCAACAGCUCCUAAAAUGUGGACACCAAAAUUCCUAAAAAUUUGACACCCAAAUUCCUAAAAUGUCGAUUGCAAAAUUCUUAAAAUGUUAGCACCGAAAUUCCUAAAAUGUUGACACCGAAAUUCCUAAAAUGUUGACACCGAAAUUCCUAAAAUGUAGACACCGAAAUUUCUAAAAUUUUGCACACUCGUUGACUCAGAAUUGAUAUUGGACCCAACAUUGGUUAUAAUCAUAACUUCCGCAUUAUGAUGUCAAUGAGACUCUGUAACUAAGCAAUAGACUUUGUCAUUUCGGAGACCGCAGAACCUCACAUCGCUUUACGUAAUGUUACUAUUUUUAGAUACUGUUUUCGUGAAACAUAGCUUCUGACAAUGUAUUCCCGUAUAUAUAUAUAUAUAUAUAUUAACAAUAACAAUUUGUUUGUGAAAUCUUUCGUAAAAUAAAGCAGUAAACUUGCUGGCUCACAUUAACUUAGAAAUCCCUAACAGCUGUUGAGAGAUUGGCCAUACGAAAUACCACGUGCCUGAUCCCCCAAGAGCUCUCCAGGAUGAAAAUUUUUUUUUUUAUUUUUUUCCUUUUUCAGAACAUUACUAGACCCUUAGAUACUAUCUUCUCUAUUCCACGUCUGCUGGUCCACCAGCAAGGUCAAGGCGAACCUUUUCAACAUUACAUCCACAAUCCUCACAAAUACCUUACCCGGGUGAUGGUCAGCAGAGAUCCUCUGGCUCGCAUUCUGUCAUCCUAUCUUGACAAGUUCUAUCUGCCUGAUUUUUGGGAGAGCUACGGCACGACCUUCAUGGAACAGGUCACUGGGUUUGCCAGGAUGAAUUCAAUGAGAGAGCCAGUUAGAACUGGCAUGGAUUUUUCACAUGCUAAACUUAGUAACUCUUGCUCGUGGAUACGAAAUAAGUUGAAUUCUUCAGUUUCAGUGCCAAACGCCAAACAAAUUAACGAUAAUACGGUUACGGCAGACGAUUUUAUGAGAAAGCACUUUGAUGAUAUGGCCAACAGAUUCUGGCCAAAACAUGGAACCGGAAGCUUUCAAACGGGAUCCUCAACGUACCAGGAUACGCGCUGCGGGAAAUAUUUGACCUUCUCCGAGUUUGUGCUCGCCAGCAUGUACGAGGAGGAGCCCCACUGGCAGCCGACGUACCAGGUCUGCAACCCUUGCCAGUUCGAGCCCACGCACGUCAGCUACAUGGAGACUUUCAACGCAGACGCCAAGGUCGUCCUCGGGUCCAUGGGGCUGAAGGACUUAGUGGACCAGCUGGACCCAGUUUCACAGGUGACGUAUCACUAUAUCUCGUUUUUUUUGAGCUUGUUCUUCAGGGCGAUUUAGUCCGUGUCUUGAAAUGUUAAAGCAAAGGAGUCGUCGUUGUUCUAGACUCAAUCCAUAGUAACUAGUUGAAACAUUUCAAUGCGCUUUUGUGUUAUGAGUUGGAGUGGUGUUGUCGUUUUUUUUCAAAACAUUAAUUUCUGGUUAUUUUUAAAAAAAUCAAUGUUGAGCAACCAAAAUGAUUAGUGAGGGGGGGGGGUAAUUUUACAUUAACUUUUUUCUCCGCGCAACUUCAAGGUCUCUGACAUACAAGGGUGGUUAAACCCCCAUCUACUGCUUUGAUGUGCUCAUCUCAAUCUCAUUAUGACCCUCAUCUAUAUCAAUGAUGCUUUGUUUUUCAUCCCUUUCUAAUACUUAAUAACGUAGUUAUAUUACCCAUCGCCAUGCACAUCGCAACUUUCACCGUUACUAAAACCCACAUCAUGGAUAUCUUCAUAUCCACAUCGUGUUAUAUUUUAUAUUUAAAUCAAUUUUUUCCUUCUAUAUUUGAGGGGCCCACGAUCAAUUUACUGAUCAUUCUGGCUCCUGGUUUGAAUUCAGAGUUUAGCCUUCUCUUAGAGGAGUUACCGUCCAAGACUAAAGAGUCCCAUCCACAUAUCAACACCAUGUUAUGUUUAAUAUCUACAUUAUGUUGUAAUUCAUAUCCACACCAUGCCUAGUUUCAUAUCCACACCAUGCCUAGUUUCAUAUCCACAUCAUGUCUAGUUUCAUAUCCACACCAUGCCUAGUUUCAUAUCCACACCAUGCCUAGUUUCAUAUCCACAUCAUGCCUAGUUUCAUAUCCACAUCAUGCCUAGUUUCAUAUCCACAUCAUGCCUAGUUUCAUAUCCACAUCAUGCCUAGUUUCAUAUCCACACAUGCCUAGUUUCAUAUCCACACCAUCAGGUUAACGAGGAGAUCUCCAUGCUGGUUGAGUACCACUUCAACAACGUGUUCAACGGACCUGGGAGUCACUUCUAUUCCACGUGCCUGACCCCCCAAGAGCUCUCCUACCGUUUGUGGAGCACAUUCCUAUGGCAGGGAUACAUACAUCCCUUGGCCGUGUACGAUGUACCGGAUUUUCACGAUGUGUCCAGCGUCAAAGAAGACCUCUUGGCCCAGAUUAGGCAGGCCAGGUACUUGGGUCUGAAAGAUGAACACGUUAUGGAGAAAGCCAAAAGGCUUUUUUCAAGAAAGUUUUUUACAACUUUAACCGCGGAAGCGUUGAAGGAACUGUUCAUCAAAUUUCGAGUCGAUUUGAAAUUAUUUCACCGUGAUAAAGACAUUGAUGGUUUCAAUUGUUUGUUUUCAAUUUAAGUUUUUUUGUUUUUGUUUUUUUUUAAUAAUAGUGCAUGAAAGCAUCAUAACUUCAAGUGCUUUUCUUGUACGGAUUAUUAUUUACUGAUCCUUCAUAAAUGUUUUGCGUUAUUUUGUGUGUUUUUUAAAAUAAUUUUAUUAUAUCUUUAUAUACAUGUAUGUGCGUGUGUGUGUGUUUAUUGGUGGAGUGGGGGGGGGGUCGGUCAUCUAUCUAGUUUAACAAUAGAGGUGCCGCAGGUUUCUUUAAGCACACAAAUCCAUGUUCAGAUAUAAGUGUAGUAGUAGGGGCAAGAGCAGAUUCAGCUCAAAAUCGUUCAGUUUUAAGACUCGUGUCAUUAUUCAACAAAUGCAUACCUUUUGCAAACCAUAUGGUCUGUACAAGGGACACACAAUUCAACACGACUCACCUCCCGAAAGCAAAGGCUCCAACGUUUGCGCCAAAGUUGACGGCACAAAGCAUAGAGAGAAUUAAGAAAUGCUUUUAAUCUAUUUCAUGAGUGCAGAAUUUUAAAAAAAACUUGUUUUCAUUAGAAGGUCAUUGUAUUUCAGCACUGUAUUUUUUUUAAAAACGGAGUCGAAAACGUCUUUGUUUCGAGGUGAGUGUCGUGAACUAGAUUUAAGGGUGGGAAUGAUUGGUGGGGAGGGGGGAGUUGUUGAUCGUGAGGGGGGUUUUGUGAGUUGUAGGUCGUGAGGUUAGAUCGUGGGGUCAGAACGUGGGGUCAGAUCGUGGGGUCAGACCGUGGGGUCAGACCGUGGGGGCAGACCGUGGGCAGACCGUGGGGCCAGAUCGUGGGGUCAGAUCGUAGGGUCAGAUCGUGGGGUGAGUUCAUGGUUUUCUGAGUGUAGGCUGAGUGCUCAUUGUGUAGAGAGGAUUUUAAUAAAAAAGGUGGUGUGUUAAGUAAUGUUAAGAGUUCGGGAGUUGGUUAGCGUGAUGGUGCAAGUGGUUAGUUGUCGAGAGUAAGAUCAGUUGGUUAGCCUGAUGGUGCAAGUAGUAGUAGUCGAGAGUAAGAUCAGUUGGUUAGCCUGAUGGUGCAAGUGGUAGUUGUCGAGAGUAAGAUCAGUUGGUUAGCCUGAUGGUGCAAGUGGUAGUAGUCGAGAGUAAGAUCAGUUGGUUAGCCUGAUGGUGCAAGUGGUAGUUGUCGAGAGU